AUGCUUACCUUAGACGACCUGAUCGCUGCUGCCCGCAAACCGGGGCCGUCCACGCCAGCGGCAUUUGAGGUUGAAGGAGGAUCCUUUGUCAAAACCAUUCAUAGCGAUAAAAAGCUCGACAAGAUUGCAAAGAUUUCGUCAAAUCUGCAACCAAUUCAAAAGCCGCUUCCAAAAUUUAAAUCCGAGAAAAUCAAACGGAUUGCAGCAUACGAACAAGUUUCAAAGGACCUUUCAAAAUGGCUUCCAGCAAUUACCUCAAACAGAAAAGCAGAGUCUCUUUUUCUUUCCACAGCGCGACCGGGAGCCUGUGCCCCCAUACCCACGUCGAAGUCGAUGUUUGAAAGCUUUUCGCCCAAAAGCGAUCUGGAACAAAAAAUGGACUCAAUUCUUUCAGCAGAAACACCCAAUUCACUUGAAGAUCCAUUGCAGGGGCUUACGCCCGAUUUGGCUAGGGAGCGGCAAAUUGAUCUACAAAAGCUCCGCUCCUUUCUCUUCUUCCAACAGAAGAAACAAAAGAGGAGUGCAAAAAUAAAGAGCAAGGCGUAUCAUAGGAUAAAAAAGAAGGAGCGUGAAGCAAAGAGUGCUAAGGAAAUGAGCCAAUCUGAGCCUUCCCAGAAGGCUCUUCUUAAAGCAGAAAUUGCGAGAGCAAAAGAACGAAUGACGCAGAAGCACAGACACCAAAGGGGCACUCAGCAUUUGAGUGCUCUCUCUCCAGAGGCUCAAUUGGCUCAAGAAGAGCAAACAAGAAUCCAGAGGCUGAAAUCAAAGAUAUACCUCAGCGACGAAGAACCAGAGGAACAUGAAGAAGACUCUCCUCCCCCAGCCUCCUCGUCUUCAUUGUUGACAUUAAAGUUCAUGAAAAAAGGUGCCGGACCUGCCGCCUCUGAUUCUGAUCAGCAAGACUCUGGAGAUGGCGAGGAUAUUUCCGAUCAUGACAGUCAAGAAGACUCUGAUGACGAAAUUCUCCUGGGACAGAGAUCCUUUUCUUCCGUUUCAAAGGAUAAACAGAGUUGGAAGGAGCAAAUUAAAGAAAAUAAUUUUACGAAAGAAAAUGUCAAAGAACUCUCCUCAAAACCGGUGCUACUAAAGAACGACUCGGCAAUUCAGUUUCAGCGAUCGCUUGUGGCAGAGGCAUUUCAGCAUGACAAAGGCGUGAUUUCGGACGCGCUAGAAUUUGCUUCAGAAAAGCUUUCCGUGGCUGCAAAUGAGGUUGCAAAGCCUUUUGUAGAUGCAACACUUGUCGGCUGGGGCUCCUGGGGUGGACACGGGAUUUCGGAAGAAAAAUUGAAAAGGAAAAGGCCUUUUUUGAUCCCAAAUCCAAACCUGCAAGACAGAGAGGGUGUUGAUCCUUCAAAACGAAAAGAUGCCCGUCUCCCCCAUGUGAUCAUCAGAGAAAAGCGCGACCCAAAACAGACAGAACGUAAAUAUCUGCUGAGCCGGCUUCCAUAUCCAUAUGACAAUGAGGCACAAUUCAACGCUGCGAGCUACUUGAUACCUGUGGGCAAAGAGUGGAACCCUACUUCUACUUUGCAGAAAAAGAUAGCCCCUAGAAUUUCACAGAAUCUCAAUGGCCUUGUAAUCAAGCCCCUCCCACUAAAGAGAAAGGGAUAG